AUAUUUAGAAUGGCUUACUUGGAGGCUGAACCAUAUGAAAUUGUCGAUUUUUCACGGUUUUGUAGGGUUUAAUUUAAUAUUUUACCUGAAAAUAUUUGUGUAAUGGCAACACACUAACGUAACAGCUGCUGUUGCAGAUCCAGUGAAAAUGCUGACGACUUCCCCCGAGUAUGCACAUUGUUCUUGGGGUAGCUGUGAAGUUCAUGGGCAGUGACUCCUUACUGAGUACAAUCCACAGACCUGUAAAAAUUUUGGUAACUCUCAGCAACUCAAAUACAAACUGACUCUAUCAUUUGGAAAUAUUAUGAUUCUAUAAAUUAUUACCUUGUUUUGAGAAGUCGAACACUUUAUACAUGAUUGUGUUCUGAAUUUACACCUAAUUCCACACAGAAACAUUGUCUUAGCUGAAAGAGACAUUAAAUGAAGGAAAUAGGCUGACAAGCGCUGAAACUACUGGGACAAUUUAAAUGAAACCAACCGAAACCAUGUUGUAUGUCUCCAGAGUACUUCACUGUAUUUUAUAGUGUCAAGGAUCAAUAAGACUAUCCUGUGACAUAGCCUAGUUUUCUGUAAUCAAACCGCUUUAGAAAUAUGUAGUUUUAAUUAUCUGAACAGAAAGGUAUUUUCAUUAGGUAAACCUAUGUGAGUCAGAAUGGAGUCGAUGGCAGCUAACAACAGCAAUAUGCCUCUUAGUAAACUAGCUGCUGCUGAGUCGAUUCCACUGCAUGGCGCCCCCAUGUGUAUCACAGUAGGAUACUGUGCUCCUUAGGAUUUUCAGUGGCUGAUUUUUCUGAAGUAGUUGCCAGGCCUUUCUUCUGAGGCACGUCUGGAUGGACUCAAUGUCCAAAUUUUUGGAUAGCAGGGGAGUUCCCUGUUUGCACCACCCAGGAACGCCAUGCCUUUGUGGUGUGAUAUAAUUUAUAGCUGUUGUUAGUAGCCAUCGAGUUGAUUCCGACUCAUGGUAACCCCGUGUGUGUCAGAGUAGAACUGUGACCUUUCAGAAGCAGAUCACCAGGCCUGUUUUCCAAGGUACCUCUGUGUGGGUUCCAGGCACCAGGCUUUCAGGUAAGAGUUGAGCACCUAACUGUCGGUGCCAGCCCAGCACUCUUGGAGCGCCGGUGGUGCAGUGGUUAAGAACUUGGCUGCUAACCAAAAGGUUAGCGUUAAGUCCACCAGCCGCUCCUUGGAAACCCUAUGGGGCAGUUCUACCCUGUCAUAUAGAGUUGCUGUGAGUUGGAAUUGACUGGACGGCAACAGGUUUGGAUUUUGGUGGGGGGAGGGGAAAUGUAAUUUAUGAUUUUUGCGUAUAUAUCCCCUUAGCCUUUAACUGAAUUAUUUAUGUAUAUGUUCUGUUGUAAUUUUAACGGUUUACAAUUGACUUACAAAUUUGUUACACAGAUUUGUUACACAGUAUUGCUAAAUGACCUUUCCUUCUUCGAGAAAACUGCUCAAAUAUCAAUAGAAUGAUUAAAAGCCUUCAGGCGUUCGUUGGCGGCCCUUGCAACCAGCUCUUCCCUGGGAAGAAGUCAGGCGUCUCGGGGCCCGUCCUCCAAGCCCCUCCUCUGAGCUCGUGCAGCUGGGCGGAGCCUAAAGCUGAGCCCCUUUUCCUGACCUCGGUGGGUCGGUGGCUGCGAGUGUUGGGCUGAAAAGACUUACUCGGUCUGUGUUUAUUUCUUGUUUUGCCCUCUUCACUCUAUUAUUCCUUGCACUUUUGCUUUUUGUUAUUUGCUUUUUCUUGUCUGUUAUUAGCUUUUUCCCCGGCGUUUCAUUUUUCAGCUGCCUGUUUUUGCUGGCUCAGAUUACUCCCACUUUGAAGAUGCCUGAAAUGUCUUCAUCUGGGAAAUCACGACUGACAUUUGUCCAGUUUCUGGAUCUGCCAGUCACACAACCUUGGACAAGUCCGUUUCUUCAUUGAUGGAUUUUAAAAUCGAACACACUUGGGAUGGUUUUCCAGUGCAGCAUGAGCCAGUGUUAGUCAGACUGAGUCCAGGUGACAGCGGAGUGAUGAUGGAAGUAAGUGCUCCAUUUUUCAAUGAUCCUCCGGACCCACUUGGAGAACCAGGAAAGCCUUUCAAUGAACUGUGGGAUUAUGAAGUUGUCGAAGCAUUUUUCUUGAAUGACAGAACUGAGCAGUAUUUAGAAGUUGAACUUUGUCCCCAUGGACAGCAUUUGGUGCUUUUACUCUCUGGAAGAAGAAAUGUAUGGAAACAGGGACUUGCUUUAUCAUUCAGAGUGUCCAGAGGAGAGACAAAAUGGGAAGGAAAAACAUAUCUUCCUUGGUGUUAUUUUCCACCAAAUGUCACAAAAUUCAAUUCAUUUGCAAUUCAUGGAUCAAAUGAUAAAAGACAUUAUGAAGCGCUUUACCCGGUACCUCAGCAUGAACUACAGCAAGGACAAAAACCUGAUUUCCAUCGUCUGGAAUACUUCAAGCCUUUCAGUUUUAACACACUGUUUGGAGAAGAGUGGAAACAGCCGAAAUCAGACCUGUGGCUAAUAGAGAAAUCUGAUGUAUAGGAGUAGAGUAGAAAACCAUAUCAAUCAUUUCUUCUCUAUACCUGUUAAGGUAAACCAAUAAUAAAUAUCAAUGUCUUUCAAGGCAUCAUGAACACAUUUCAACAAGUAUUUUCAUAGAUGUCACUGAAAACGUAGUAUCUCCAGGGAUAAAUGUGUAUGAAUUAAUGAGAAAUAAAAAGUUCGUGCAUGAUUUUAUUUGUAAAGUUGAAGUGUUUCACAGAGUCUCUUAGCCCCGGAACCAUGAUGUCAGCAGGGUAAAACUCUACCUUCUGGGUUGUAUCACCAUCACCCCAAAGAUUCCUGACUCCUAAACCAAAUAUCCUGACUCUGUCAACCAAAGUCAUUAUUUCUCUUCUCACUUUCCUUACCCCAGACAGCCUGAGACUGGAACGCCUUAUUUGCACAUUUUCGAACUCUGUGUAGUAUACAGUACUUACUAGGAAUCUUCUGUCCAUUCUUGAAAUGAUUAGAAAUCAGUGUCCUAUUUUAGUUCAGCAAGAAAUCCACAUCUGUUAAUACAUCAUCAAGAUACAUGAGUUAUUUAACCAGUUGUUUUUCUUGUUUUUGGCUAUUUUUACUCUGUAGAAGGAAAUGGAAUGAAGUAGUCUUGAAUUCAGGCAAUGAACUCUGCUUUCAUUUACAAAUAAGUGAAAUUUUCUUAAUGCUGUUAAACAGGAUGUCAAAAUGUCUUCUUUUUUUUGGAAACAUCAAACACUCAUGGACUGUGGUUCUCAAAUUCUGUGUUAUAAUAUUUCAGAACCUGAAGUGACCUUGUUGAUCAUCUAUGAACUUCUCUGCCAAACCUGAUCUUUCUCCAGCAUUCUUAACUCAGAAAUUGGCAGUCUUGUACAAGGUGAAGCAUUAUUUCUUGUAGUAGAGAUACCUAGAUGCCAAACUCGAUACACUUUUUCUUCUUCUCUACCGAUACAAUGUGAUUUUUUAGGGGCUCUGGUGGCGCAGUGAUUAAGAGCUCAGCUGCUAACCAAAAGGCAGGCCAUUUGAAUCCACUAGCCACUCCUUGGAAAUCCUAUGGGGCAGUUCUACUUUGUCCAGUGGUGUUGCUAUGAGUAGGAAUCAACUUGACGGCAGUGGUUUUUGUUUUUCCUGGUGGCACAAUCAGUAAAGUGCUCGACUGCUAAUUGAAAGAUCCAUGGUUCAAACCUACUACCCGCUCCAUGGGAGAAAGAUGUGGCAGUCUGCUUCCACAAAGAUUUCAGCUUUGGAAACCCUAUAAGGGCAGUUUUUUUUCUGUCCUGUAGGGUCUCUAUGAGUCAGAAUUGACAGGAUGGCAGCAAGUUUUGGAUCAAAAACUGCAUUUUCCCAGAUUCCUUUUCAGGUAGAAAUGGCCCUGUAAAAUACUUCAAGUCAGUGAGAUACAAGUACACGGUGUUGGCUGGAUCUUCAGAAAGAAAUGCUUUAAAGAUGAGAAGACUCAGGUGGCACACACCUUUGGUUUUUUGUCCUUCCUUUUUUCCUGAACUGCAGAAUCAAUACUUGAGGUAGCACAAUAGCUACACUGUGACAAUGAGAUGACAAUGUAGGGACAGCUGAGCAAGAGGACGAAGGAGUUUGAGUUCCAAAUAAUGUGAUAAAGCUAUGAUAUCAUCUCUGGACUGCCCAUCGACAGACUUCUUGAUAUGUGAAAAAAUAAACUAUGUAAUUUGUGUAUGCUACUUUUUAAUAAAAGUUUCUAUUAUGUGCAGCAAAAUACAAUCUCUAACUAAUACAUUAUUCUUUCAUUUGGGUGAAAAAUGU